GCCACUGAUAAUCUCCUUCAAGGUCUUGAUAAAUUAUUUGCAAAAUUUUGACUCUUUAGGGCGAUUUCAAGUCUGGUCGAGGAAAUGGUGAACUCUGUGUUUUUGCUCGCGCUGCAGUCAUGUCUACUUCACCGUGCGUCUUAGAUUAAUUAACCUUUGUGAAAGCGUUGUAAACAAAGACAGGCAGCUACAAAGCGGCACGGAAAAACAAAGCGGGUUAAGUGAGGCGUGUGACGAGGGUUUUAUUAGUUCUAGCUCCCAUCGGUGGGUUUUGUGAUGUGUGGUCGCGGGCGAGGAGACUGGAAACCAGGACGGUUCCUUUGUGCAUCCCCGGUGAGUUCCACACGUGAAGUUAGCGGCGGAAUUUGAAUAUUUUAUUUAAACUGUCGUGAAAGCGCCCUUUUGUUGAGGCCCAAACUUCAAUAAGGAAAUUAACGAGUAAUUUGGCUAAGUUUCGGUUUGAUGGGCAUGUGAUAAUUAGCCAUUCACUAUUUAAUCGUCAGCGACAGGCGGCCCUGUGUAAUGUCAACAGCACCGCUCAACCAGUGAUUCCAAAGGCUCGCUGGAAGCGGCUCCGGACAAUAGAAGUUUUUGAAGUCAGCCGGGCUGUUUUGCAAGCUCUAUUUAAGUUGAUAGCUAAAGUACACAAGGUGCUAUAGCCUUCAAAAGCGACCCAGCUGGUGGAACAGAUACAGUGCCCUGUGAACCUGCUAGGGUAAAGAACUAGGAUCUCUUUCACGCUCUAGUAUCGUAACAAGAUGCCUAGACCACUACGAAACAGUUACGGCAGCGCUAAACCUCCGUACUCCUAUAUCUCUCUCACGGCUAUGGCGAUACAGAGCUCACCGCAAAAGAUGCUCUCUCUGAGCGAGAUCUACCAAUUCAUCAUGGACCAUUUUCCCUUCUACCGCGAUAACACGCAACGCUGGCAGAACUCCCUUCGUCACAACUUAUCGUUCAAUGAUUGUUUCGUGAAGAUUCCUCGUCGUCCUGAUCAGCCAGGAAAAGGAAGCUUGUGGGCUCUUCACCCAGACUGUGGCACAAUGUUCGAGAAUGGCAGCUUUCUAAGGCGCCGUAAACGCUUUAAGUCAGAACGAGAAAGGACAUCAAAACUCGCCAAGCUUAUCAGCGCGACGAGAGAAGACGAGGAUGAACUCAGCCCGUCUGAGCAAGAGAGUGCUCCAAGCCCGACGGGAUUCAAGCACCCAUUCGCCAUCGAGAACUUAAUAGGCGUCGAAAGAAAAAGCACACCGUUGGCGACGGCCCCGGCACCGAUUCCCUCUCUUCCUACAUGUCCUACGUGCGUGAAUACUCCGACUUCUACGGGACUUUCUGGGUACCAGAACAAUCUUUGGGCUCCGAUACCGACCUACUGUGCGAAACCGUGCGCGCACCAUCGCGAGACAAGUAGAAAGGAGCUUGAAUAUGCGUCGCGAUUUCGACCGGCUUACGCGCGCUACGCUCCCGAGCUAGGCUGCGUAAGUGAAGUUAUUCCCUUCUACUCCUCCGUGACGAACACUUCGUACGCUUCGCCUAUGUUUAGAUGAGAGUUGGGGACUUAAAGAGGACUUGUUCGCGUGAGACAGACAGUUGAAAGUACCUAGUCAAUGGUGUCCGUCAUCGGGUAAUAUGCGCCUAUUUACGACGUAAUGGAGCGCGAAAGCUCUUCACACCGAUCAACUUUCUAUCGUGGAAGGAACGAUGCGAUACUCGAGACUCUCCAACCAUGAUUAGGCGCCUAUUUCUGGUCAUUAAACAAGGGAUUGUUGAGGUUAAAGACUUGGCCCGAAGUGUUGUCUCCAUCUCGCAAGACACAGCAUUGCGUUUAUUCUUACACCAUUUCCAUUGACUUUGUAUAUAGCUCAUGAUUAUUGUAUAUAUUGACCGAAAUGAUUUUUUCUCGCGAUUGGACAUUCCUCACAUUGAGAGGAUAAAUUUUGAGUUCUUACAUAAUGGGGAGCUAGUUCUUGUGGCAUCUUAGAAGAACCCACUCUUUAUCCUAUUUCUAGAGGAAACAUUUAAAGUGAGAUCUAUAUUUUUUAUCCGUUACAAAUACCCAUUCGCCCAAAGUGUAUAUAGUUUAACUGUGGCAAAGGAAAAUCAAAAUUACUAUUACUUUAUUGGAAAUUUGGAAUCAUAUAGAGUAUGAACACAGAAAUAUCUAACUGAACUUUAUUACAUGACGUAGGAGCUAGAAAACCAAGAAAUUCAUAUCCUGAUAUGUUCCUUGUUCUUCUAGAAAUAAUUUUAAUACACCUAUAAAUUCAUGAAUCACUUUAGUUUGUUGAAGUGAUCAAAUUAGAGUAUAUAUUUAAACUAGAUUAUUCUGUCAACAUUUGUCUUCUAUCGAUCAUUGUAAACUUGUGCCUUUAUUGAUUUUUCUUGUAGACUUGAAGCAGUUACAUUAAAGAGGCAUUCUAAGAAUGUGCACAUUGAUCCUUACACGUCGUUUUUUUUUGUAAAAACCAUUCACUACUUGACAACUUAGCUUGUCAGAGCUGAAACGACAUGUUCAAGUUUUUUGGUUCUAUAACUAACCACAUCCUCCAACUAAAUUAUCCCAAACAAUUCUUCUCCUCCUAUUUCCCCUUGGUCUCUUCCCUUACACUCGCUUCAAGUCUCAGAGAACGGGGAAGAACCAGGAGCCUAAGCGAAUCACACGUGUUCAGUGGCGCUUUGGAUGCAAAGUAUAAAAAGAGCUGGGUUUCGGUUUCUUCUCAAAUCAGCAAAUAAUCCAAGCGAAAGAGCAUUUGAGAGAAAAGUUUGAAAAAAACAAUACGAGACGGUUUCGUCUUCUAGACGAAUUUUGCACAUUUGUAAAAGGAUUUUAGUACAGAUUUGAUGGGUUUCAAGAUAUUCCAACGAAGCACCAGUCGUGUAGGACGGACACUUAGUUUUCAUCGUCGUAGAAACUCAAACGCGAGAGACGAUGGGCAGAGAGAGCGAAGGAUUAGUCGACUUCGCGCUGGAAGUUCUGACCGAAACACCAGUGAUUCUGCCUCACGUGCUAUUGGAACGGCGCUAAGAAACAUUGGCGACGAGCUCAACAACAGCAGGUUGAGUUUAAUGUCAAUCACUCCAUCGUAGAAGGGACUGAAGUGGGGGACGCGUGUAAAACAUGAACUGGCAAGAAGUGUAAACAUUACAUGGAAAUUACACUUGAUUUAACUUGAUGAAAGCUUGCAAAACUAUGGACUGAAAGACUGGCCGCUUCUCCGGUUGGCAAGGAUACCAGGGUGAUUGAGAGUUGCAAGAAACGAACUUCAAGAUUUGAAAUAGUUAUGAAAAAGCUAAUUUAGCAUCUAACACUUAGUUGUCUAACUUCUUAUAAAACAGCUACUUACACCCAAGCCAUUAUUUAGUCACUGUACAGGGCCGUAGCACGGGGUGGGGCAUCGCGGGCACGUGCCUCCCACCCCCCAAUAUUUAAAAAAUAUAUAAGGAAAUUACCAGAACAUCUUUUUUUUUUCUAAAGAUAUAUCUGAACUAUGUUUAUAUAUCUUUAAAAAAAAGCUUUGCAGUUGUUUUAUUCCCGUUAGAAGAUGAUACUAUUUUCCAGAACUGUGUAUAUACUAUUCAUAUUUAUUUAAUGCAGAGAAUAAAGUAGAAGUAUUUUACAUAA